UUGCAGCUCCCCACGCAAGGCAUUCCUGUAUGUAUCAGACUGUUGGAAGAGCUGAUGAGUCGGGCUGUUUUCGUUCUUCUUCUCUGCAAUGUGCUUUGCAUCUGCCUGCACAUCUUCUCGACAAUUGUGUUGCUACAAGAAACUAUGGAUCCAGUGGAGACCAUCAAACUACUGACUGGUUUCUCUCUCUUCGCCUAUCAGACAGCGUUAUUCUGCCUCGUCGGGCAGAGGAUCAUAGAUCAGAGCGAGCGCCUGGUCCACUCGGCCUUCAGCUGUGGCUGGCCGGACGGCGACGGGCGCUGCAAGCGGCUGCUGCUCGUCUUCUGCCUGCGCUCUUCCAGAGCCGCCAGCCUCAAGGUCGGCCUGCUCUACCCGCUGUCCAAGGAGAUGGUCAUCCAGGUGCUGAACACUUCGUACACGCUGUUCAAUUUCCUGUAUCACACGGAGCGUGCGAGAGCGUCACUGGAUUGA